AUGAACAAUAACUAUAUAUUCCAACAACUGUGUCGGAAAACGCGUACAAGCAUCAAGCAAGUGUUUAUCGCACCAGCAAAAGAUGCACACGAUGCUGAAACGGAUCCAUUGCAAGUGGAAUUUGUUGAGCUUGAAAAUUCAACUAUAGAACUGAUCACUUACGACGAUGCAGCAUCAAUCGAUCAAGAGGUAGAUGAGGUGAAAGAACAACCUUGCAAUGAUAAUACAAGUUUAACUGUUAAGAUCGUGGAAAACGAUGAAGUCUGUCGACAGAACACGUCGGCAUCUUUGACCGAAAUACACGAAGAGCAAUAUUCUGCCAACUACAUUGAACUGGGUGAACCGCAUUCUGAAGACGAUGGACUCGAUCUGCCUCAAAACGACAGCCUCCUUAGCGAGCCAAGCAAAAGGAAAGAUUCAGCUAAAAAACUUUGCAGACCAAGAUCCCGGGAUAUACCUGGCGAAGUGGAGAAAACCCGCAAACGGCGCCAGGAAAUCCCGCUUUGCCACACGUGUGGUAAAACUGUGUUCAAUCUCCCAUCGCAUGAACUAAUCCACACUGCAGAACAAAACAAUGAGUGUCCGUUUUGCUUCAUCAAGAUUAAACAUGCAUCAAAUCUUGCACGCCACAUACAAGCUAUACAUUUGAGGAUGGCGGUAAAAACAUGCAGUGCAUGUAACAUUGGUUUCACCCACUACUCGACCUACAGGUCGCAUCUGUACAGGGAACACGGGAUCGGAGAACCACACGAAUGCCACAUUUGCUCGAGAAGCUUUUCGGACGCAUGUAUGCUGCGAAAACAUAACAAACGAUAUCACAACAUACAGGUGUUUGCUUGUGAGACUUGUGGUAAAAUAUUUAAAAUGCGGGUCUAG